AAUAACACCAGAGCACAGGCCGCUCUGAGGCAAGGAAUAGGAGUCCCUGGAAACACAUCUCACCACAGACCCUGCCCACAACUGAACCAGGGAGACUAGCAGGCAGCUGGGUCAGCAUGCCUAGAGUCUGCACGCUCCUAUGCACACACACUUGUACACGCGCACCACAAAAUGUACCUACUGCUCACACCGACACAGAGCACAGGUACACACACACACAUACUCACACACCACAAACACGUGCACGUAAAUAGAGACCACACACAGUUACGCGUGCACCCAUACACAGUUGUGCGUACCGCAUGCCAGACCCACACAGUCAAACCAUGCACUCCCUCACAGGCUCACUCACACGCAGCCACCACACACAUUCAAACACACAUCCAUACGUGCAUCUUACACGCACGUGUAUAGCCAUACACGUGGCACAUGUCCACACACAGGCACACUCACUUGAAAGCCAGGAGUGAAGGAGCCUUCUGGGAUCCUGUGCUGCCAAGCUAUAGGUAACUGGUAUCUAGUGUGCGAGACCAAAGGUUGUGGUAUGACUAAGACCAGGCCAAGUGUUCUCUGACCUUUGCUUCUUAGCCGAGGCUCAAUGUCCACGCAUGAGACCUUUGACAGCUGGGCAGCCACACCUAGGAAGUGGACUUGGGUAAUCAGGGAGGAGUCACAGGAGGCCACGGGGAGCAAGGCCUGUUCUAGGUCUAUUCUAAUUGAGGGGCCUGUAAGGGCCUGCGAGGCAGAGAGGCCUGGGGAGCUGAGCAGCCGCAGCUGGGUACCAGCUGAGGAAGCCAGACAGCACAAAGCGGGCCUGGGAGUAAAUGUUUACCCAGUGCCUUCUCCCAGUGUGGGGACAUUCCUUACGGGGAAGACUCAGUUCCUGCCAACCAGCCUUACCACCCAAGCCAGAUGUCUUACCAAGUCAGGGAGCAAGUGGUCAGGACAUGAGCGGAGAAAGACUCAGCGUUCCCCUCCUCCAAACUGAGCUAAGGGCUGAUGGGCUCAGAGCGCACCUGGAGGGCCUGAAGGGAGAAGAAGGCUGCCAGCUGGGCCAAUCAUGCCAAUGCUUCCAGACAAUGAGUAUGUGUUCAUGGAUCUGAGGCAAAAGCUCAGCAAAUACUUCUCGAAGGACUGGAAGACAAAAAUGCACAAAAGAGAUAAAAGACCCAGGGCGCCCUUUAUCGUCUUCUUCAGAGUGCAGUUCUACGUGGAAAACGGGAGGGCAAUAAGUGACAAGACGGCCCGACACCUGUACUACUGCCACCUGAAGGAGCAGGUACUGAGGUCCAAGUGCAUGCACAGAGAGGAGACCUACUUCCUGCUGGCCGCCUGUGGGCUACAGGCUGACCUGGGCAACCACCAGGAGUCGGUUCAUGUGGGCAGGUACUUCGAGCCACACGCCUACUUCCCACAGUGGAUUAUCAACAAGAGAGGAGCUGACUACAUCCUCAGGCAUGUGCCCGCCAUGCACCGUGAACAGCAGGACCUGAGUCCUAAGGAGGCUGUGCUACGCUUCAUCAGGGAUGCCUGCCGACUCGAGGACGUCCCUGUCCACUUCUUCAGGCCACACAAGGUCGGCCUCAUGGUGUCACAGGACAAGAAGGAAGAUCACCCUACUGUUCUCCUGGGACUCACUCUGAAAGGAGUGCACAUCUAUCAGGAGACUGACCAGGCGCCACAGCUGCUCUGCGACCUCCCCUGGUCACAUAUUUCGAAGGUGACAUUUCUGGGGAAGAAGCUUGAAAUCCAGCCAGAAGGGCUGUUGGCAACACGGAAGCUGCUGUUCCACACGGGCUAUGCCUGGCGCUCCCGUUACCUGCUGCAACUGCUUCGCACCACGCACCAGGUCCACCUCAGCUUGCGGCCUGUCCUGCAGUGUCUACAGCAGCUGGAGGAGGCAGAAGAGAAGAAGCGCUACCGGGAAUCCUAUAUUCAUGACCCACUGGACUUGGACCUGGACCCAUGUAGCAGGGCCUCCCCAAGCAAUGAAGACAAUAGGAGCAGUAGCCAACAUCCCCUCCACCACCUCUCACACCACUCCAAAAGCCAGGGCAGCUGCCACACGGCAGGCAUCAAGCCUAGCUCCCAGCACGGAGAGUGUGAGAUGUCUGUUGAUGAGCCCACAGUGACUGAGAGGCUUUGCGGAAAGACGUCAUCCAGUAGUUCCUGGGGCAGCUGCAGUAGCCAGGGCAUAUGGACCAACAGCAGAGUUCAGACAUGCGGCUGGCCUCAUCUCAGACAGUCCUAUGAGGAGGGCUGUUUGGUUCCUACAGCAGAGUUAUGGCAGGACAGAGUCCAGGGCAGGAAGAGCCACAACAGUUGGGGAGAUGGAGGCCGACCCCAGGAGUGACCCAGUACAUCCCCAACCUAGACGUGGGUUUAUUUGUGUCAGUUGUCUCAACACCUCGUGACUACCUCACCCAGCGACACCUGGGGCUGCACACUGGUGAAACUCUAGUUCCUCAAGAGGCCAGCGCUCUUCUCGAUGGCAAGAAGUUCAAAAACUACCUCUCCCUGAACUGGCCUGGUGAAGACCCAUCCCUGAAGGACUUUGUGGUAUGGGCAAGAGCCACUCAGCAGCCUUGAAGGUGGCUUGGUAGCAUUCAGUACCACCAGCCUUUGGCCAGGUCUGAGCCUACCAUAUCAAUCGACUCUUCUUUGCCAGCCCACCUGUAAGGCGCAGGGGAACCGGCUCCAGCAUAAGCCUAGAGGUGGGCUUGGGCUCUGCUCUUCCUGUCUCUGGCUCUAAACUCCCAGGAUUCUCAGGGGCAUUCCUGUGUGAGAGAACCAGGAGACCAGAGACUCAGCCCAGCCCUGAAGCAGCUAGGCUCUUGUCUUAGCUGUGAGGGAAGGUGUCAUGGUAAGAGCUAGGCAUUAGAGGGAGCCCUAUGACUGCAAAGCCAGCCUAGGCUCUGAAGACUCGUAACUGGCUGCUUCAGGGUCUCUUAGAUCACAACUCUAUUUCUUUGUCCCAUGUCUUGCUUGUAAGUGCUGUACCCAACCCAGAGGCCUCCCUUGCAAUAUGUAUCUCAGUUCCACCCAGAAACCCCACCACUGUCUAUGCAAACAAGACACCAUUGGAUGCAA